AUGCCACCGCCGAGACGAGGGCCGGUCCGCCAGUCUGCGGCAUCCGGGAUGACCCAUUCGACCGCCAUCACGGACGACAUCACGCUUGUAGCGCAGAGCGUCGACGUAAGAACCAAUACUGUCAAGGACGGCUUCUUGCACGAGAAUCCACUGCGAUGCCACCCGGUGCAACGGCCGCCGGACGACAAGGGCAAGUCAGUCGAGGUGAAGCCCGUGGUUGAAGUAGAGGAGGCAGAAAAACAAGAAGAAACACCCGAGUGGAGUAAGAGAGGCGGCAUGCUGUUCAGCGUGGAAGAGGUGAAUAGCUUCUUUGCAGGCUCGGCGAAACUUGGCAUGCAGACGGACGCCAACGAUGGGCAGGUCGAGAUGGAGGAGAUAGUGUCUACGAAGGUCCGGACCGACGAGCCACUCCCGGAUCCCGAGUCCUUGGCAAGUGGCACAAACCCAUGGUUAAUACUGAACAAAAGAGCGCAUGACACUUGA